AUGGAAACAAAACUGUUGAGUGUUCCCUUUCGGAAGACAGAUCGCGUGAGUUUAUACACGUGUCUGAAGGGGGUGAUUGAUUCUGAGUUUUACCAGUCAUCUUCGAAUUUUGACAAGAACCUGCAGGAGAUCGACCAGUUGCGCAAGGCGGCCGAGGCUCCGUCCGGCUCGCUAGAAUCCAUAGCUCUUCUUAAACGGUACUAUGUCCAGUUAGCAUCUAUACAGAUUAAGUUUCCCGAAGAUUCGAUUGAGUCUCCAUGGUAUGGCACUCUGGGGAUUCGUGUGGAUGGCCCCUUUACUUACAGAUCAAUAACCUAUGAAAGAGCAAACGUGCUUUACCAAAUAGCAGCGGCCUAUUCUCUCCUGGCACUGAACGUUGAUGAUAAGCAUAGUCUGGAUGGAAUUAAGCAGUCGUGCAUCUAUUUGCAGCACUCUGCCGGCUACUUUGAGCUUUUACGAACUCAUAUCAUACCUCAGCUGACGAGUGUACCACUUGAGCUGCGAUCUGAGGUUCUCGAGACGUUACAGCUACUGAUGCUUGCGCAGGCACAGGAGAAAUUUUGGUUUUUUGCCCUGAAGAGCGACUUGAAAAACACAGUCAUCUCGAAGCUCUCUGCUCAAGUGUCGCAAUUCUAUGCCGAUUCGCUUGCACUGGCUAAGAAAACUGUUUGUUUUAAAAAAGACUGGAUUGAGCACAUACAAGUUAAGACUUUGCAUUUCAAGGCUGCGGCAUACUACCGAUGCUCAAUUCACAGCGGAGAGCAGGAAAAAUACGGUGAAGAAAUAGCGUAUUUACGCGAGGCAGAGCAAGUUUUCAACACGAAACUGCCGAAACUGGACGGCGAGUUAGCUCUGGAGGACUUCAAGAUGCUCCGACAGACAGUUCAUGAUAGAUUGCGGAAAGCUGAACGUGAAAACGACCUGAUAUAUCUACAGGACAUACCCAAAGUGGCACCUCUCACCAAAGUCUCAAUGGUGAAAAGCAUUUUGCCCGAGGAAUUGGUAGAUUUGCAUAAAGCCAUUAAUAGCGGCGAAUACGGAAGACCGCUGUUUGAAGGACUAGUGCCUUAUAGCGUGAUCCAGGUUGCAAUGUCCUACAAAGACCGUGUAGAAAACUAUUUCGUGGUCAACUUUAAGGAACCGUUGCAGGAGCUCAACAAAAAAAUUGAUAUGCUAAUUAGUGAGACGGGCGUGACUGCCCAAGUUGAAGCAAUCUUGAAGCCACAGAGCAUACCUAAUUGGGUUUGGGAAAACAAAGAGAAGUUGGAGCAACUGAGAUGGCAAAGCACAUUGAGAGAGCUAGAGACAGAGUUGCGCGAGGCGCGGCGUGAUGCACGGCCUCAGUUGGACAAGCUCUGGGAAGAAGUGCGGCUGGCCCGAGAGAACGACCACCAACAGCGCAGAUUGCACGGUUCGAAGUGGCAAGUCCCGGAUUUUGACGAGUCUGGAGCCGAAUGCUACGAACUGCUAAAUAAGCUGGAGACGUAUUUGGACCAGUCCACUAAGGGUGACCGCAUCAUUUUUCAGCAGAUCAAGGACCUCAAACCGUAUUUGAAGGUUUACGAGUCGGCUGAAACUUUGGAAGAAUUUAUUCCCAAAAGCCAGAUUUUGGAUCUAAACCCGGAUUUCAAAGAAGUAGUGUUCAAGUUGGAUGACAAAGUGAAACAACUGAAAAACCUGAAAAACGAGCGCCAUGAAUUCCUAGAGAACUUGAGAGUCAAGAUGAGCGAGAACCAGAUCUUGAUGCAGGUAACAGAACAGUACAAGAAACUCGUUUCGCAAAAUAUCGCUGUGGACGAGAACUCAAUGCAGUUCAUUUUAGAUGAGAGUUUACGGAAGUUCGACGCAGAGCUCGGAUUUUUGACUAGCACAGCCACGAUCCAGGACAGCGACACAUCGCUGAUAUACGACCUAUACGAUAUCUUUAAGUCAGGGAAACGACAACUGCAAGGAGGCAAGGAGCGCGAGACAGCCUUACGGGUGUUGCAAGACACGAUGAACGGCUAUUUAGAGGUGGUGGAAAACUUGAAGCAAGGUAUUCACUUUUACCAGGACUAUAUGGAGAACCUAGCCUCGGCUCGGCAGAAGGUUUGCGAUUUUCUCACUAACCGACGGCUACUGGUAAGUAAUUUGUGA